ACCCACUCCUUGACCGGGAUGAGGAUGGAGAUUUGGGAUUGGUUGCCGUGCAGCAUCGUACGGUUGUUACCAUUGCGCAGUACGUAAUCCCGCAUACGUUGUGCGUGAUACACCCUACUACUGUGUACCAUCAAUUUACUCAGUGAGCAAUGCUCACUGCGUGAUGGAGUGCGCUGUACAUCUUUCGUCAUUUUUAGACUUCCUCUCCAUUGUCGUCGUUGCCUGGUUAAAAAUCUGUCCAGCCAGUCAUGCCUCGUCGGUGUGUGGUGCUAGUAGCUGCUGCUACUCUCCUGGCAACCUCCACCGUUUUCUCGCUUUCGACGGACACGACGGCUACGACUCAUUCGUUCGCGCAACCGCAUAAUUUCGCAGCCCAGCGAUUUUUGAGGACGUACACUCCCUACAGCAACGAAGAGAGGGGGAUUGAUUUUAAAUCGAUCUUGGGCGUCGAUCUCAAGAACGUGUGGACCCAGCAAAAGCUCUCACACUACCUCAAGAAGGGGAAAAACGGAGACGACGUCUUCGAGAAGCUCAAGCUUCAGAAUGUCAAGGCAGGCAAGACAAUUUUUGAGAAUCCGAAGUUCCUCGCUUGGGAGCAAUACGUGGCCAAGUACAACGCGAACCCACUUAACGAGGAGAUCUCGAUGAUCGCAACACUAUCGAAGCACUUUGAUGAUGACGUACUGACGAAGAUGAUCGACGCGGCAUCAAAGUCGAGCGUCGCGGAGACGAAGCGUAUUGGGGCGACCUUGCAGGAACAACAGAUCCUGUUCUGGAGGAGCAAGAAGUUGGCACCAGACCGCGUUCUCAAACAGCUAAAACUCGCGAACGAUGUGGACGAUCUCCUAACCAGCCCAACUUUCUUGACACUCAGCAGAUAUCUUGACGACUAUAACGCGCAGAAUAAGAUGUCACUGUCAAUGACCGAGGUGCUCAGAAGAGGUUUCGAUGAGGACGAUGUGGCUAAGAUGCUCCAACAAGCUGUGUUGAAUGCCAAGGACGCGAAGACCAAGGACCUGGCGGUGAAAUUGCAGAACCAGCAGUUUGACAUCUGGAAGAAGCUCGGAUGGAAUGGUGACGAAAUAUUUACCAAGCUGGGACUCAACGAGCGCGGUGUCACUCUUGAAAACCCGAAUUUUGCGGCAUGGGCGAAAUACGUCGAGAAAACGACCGGAAAUGAAAAACUUCCGUUCAAUACUCUAUGGAAGAGAUAUGGUGAACAAACCCUGGCGACUAUGCUCAUCGCUGAUAGAAAGAAGCUUGGAGGAAACGAUUUCGUCACGUCCAUGCAGAGCCACCUUAUUGAGAAGUGGUUGACCAUGAUCCGAGACCCGGAUGACGUCGCUAAAAUACUCGGCACGUCGUUUCAGGGGAAGAUUCUUACCGCCUCAUAUCGUUGGAAUUUCAAGAGCGCGUUUGGUUAA